GAGUUCCCAGCCUCCCCUCACGCCACUGCAAGCCUUCUCCCUGGCCUCUACCCCGAUCAUUAUGACGCCUCAACAGGAUUAUCGCACCCAGGGCCCAUCGACUAUGGUACCCAGGACCCCACCCGUCAUGUGGGCCGGCCCACCUGGCACGCCACAACAAGCUGAACGGACGCCAAUGAUCCCGAUGAGAGGGACAAUAGGAGCGCCGAGGCCUCUAACCCCACAGGACAACUACCGAGACGAGUCGCUCUUGCUUACGCCCCAGUCGCUGAGUCGAUAUCGGCAGACUCUGCCUGUUCGGACCCUCAGCACUGCAGAGACUCUUGCCAAAGCGCAGCCACUACAGUUCACAAGUCCGACGAUAGUGUCCCAGAGCCCUCCGAGACCAGCCACGAGUUCGAUGGCUAGGAGUCAUUCAGUGAACGCUCUCCCGGCAAGGAAGGCAUCAUCGACUGUGUCCAGCAAUACCCCGGUGUAUACUAUGAAGGCCCCGACGGGUUCAUCGCCGCAGGUUUACUAUGAAACCCAACCGCGGGCAGCAGCAUCCCAACACUAUGUCUACGACCCGCGCAUGGUCCCGAGUAAUGGUCAAGAGAACUACAAGACCUAUUCUGCUGCUGGCCCUCCUUAUAUCGCUCAACCGAGCCCUACCCAGCUGGUCCACACUUACGCCCCCAAUGGGGGCUAUUACCCUGCUGGUACAGGCUACACCACUGUAUCGCGCGGCGGUCAGCCAGCUCCCAAGCCGCAUGAGCGUGCUGACUAAGCAGCAACCACCGUCCCGCCAGCUAAUGCAGCCUUUGAUACUCUAGCAAUGAUGAUGAUGAUGAUGAUCUUGUAGAGUAGAAUUAAUAUCCUCUCAUGACUAAAGCUGUUGACCCUCUCGCUAGGAUGGGCCGUUAACGG